CAAUAUAAAUACUCAUCCGUCCAAAGCACAGGUAUCAUUUGUGUUUUGUGCGAUUGCAUAUCUUGUUGGGUAUCUCCUAGCAUUUUUUCGUGUUUAGUCGCUUUUACAUAAGCUAAAAAAACAAAACUCCUUACAAUGGAUUCUUUCAAAGUUCUCAUCUCUUUCGCUUUAUUGGCUGCCUGCGUAUAUGCCGUCGAAAUCCCCGAACGUCAACCAUUGGCUCCAAAACCAGAAGGUCCAUUGGGCCCAGGACCAUUCCCAGCUGGCGCUCCAGUAGAAGCUGGCCCAGUCCGUGAAAAGAAACAAGCUCUCUACCCAUAUGCUUAUGCUGCAUACCCAUACUCUGCCUACCCAUACGCCGCCGCCGCCGCCUACCCAUACUCGUACUCUUACCAAUACUACGACGAUGGCAAAUACUACCCAGGCAAAUAUGACGGAAAAGCUUACGUCCGAGCUGGUUACCCAUACUACUACCCAUACUACUACUACUAAGUUUAAGAAAAACAAACACACGUAUUUAAAAUGAAAAAUUUUGUGAUUUGAUGACGCUUCUCCACCUAUGUAUUUGCAGCUUGUAGUAUGUAUUUACACGGCUCCAAUAUUUCGCCCCCUUUUUGAUUUAAAAAAUUUCCACCUUUGUAAUGAUCAUUUCCGUCUUACUAGAGUGCUAUAUAAUCGCCUUAUGCUUAAGCGAGUAUAAUUCUCAUGGUGAGAUUUAGGAAAUAGUCAUUAAUUUUAUAACUCAUUUAGUUUGUAAGAUGAAUGAAUCUCUCUCAAAUUUUUUUUUUAGCAUCUCCCUUUUUAUUUUAUACGAAACGAAGAAUCAAAUAAAUUAUUUAAGCAUUUUA